UGCGAGCUCAUCAGGUGGGAAUCGUUGCCCUAAAAGAUUCAGUUUGUUAUCAGUGAUAGUGAUAAUAGAAAAUACUACUUGUGCAAGCUAUAGUGUGGAAUAACGCAUAAGCAUAUCAACGUAUAAAUGUUGUAGGUCUAUGAUCAAGUAAACUUACGGGGCAGACCUUGGUGGACUUCGCGCUUUGUCUUCUGUUUCUGUAUCCGGUUUGUAGUUUUUGCACAAUGUUGUCGAGAUUUUCCCCUUUCAAUGCCAGACGUCUACAAAACAGUGCUUUACGAUAUUUAAGUAGAAUGGCAUCAUCAUCGGUCAAAGUACAAGUACGUCAAGGUGUUGUGGUUGGACGAGAGGGGCUUCUGCCAAACGGAGAACCAUAUCAUAGCUUUCAAGGUGUACCCUAUGCAGUGCCUCCGCUUGGUGAAUUGCGUUUUAGAUCACCUGUGCCUUUGGAACGCUUUGAUACGCCCUCUCUAGAUUGUACGCGGGAAAAGGAACCAUGCCAUCAACGAGAUCCUAUGACAAAUAAUAUUAUAGGCACAGAAGAUUGCCUGCACCUUAAUGUAUACGCACCAGCAAAGCGCACUGCCAGACCACUGCCAGUUAUGGUGUGGCUACAUGGCGGCGGAUUUUUCUUUGGCUCGAGCAAAAACAUAUUGCCGUUAAGUUUAAUGUGUGAGGAUGUAAUUGUAGUGACACUAAAUUAUCGUUUAGGUGCUUGGGGUUUUUUAUGCCUACCCGAGGAGGGUAUUUGGGGUAAUGCCGGUUUGAAGGAUCAGCGGCUAGCUCUGCAGUGGAUUCACGAGAACAUCGCUCACUUUAAUGGCGACCCUAAUAAUGUUACCUUGUUCGGUGAAAGCGCUGGCGCUGCAUCUGUUCACUUGCACACAAUGGCUCCCCAUGCUAAUAAACUCUUUCAUAAAGCGAUUAUGCAAAGUGGCGCCGCUAAUAUGGAGUGGGUUUUCCAACUAAAUCCACAAAACAAAGUGCGUGGCCUUUGCGAAUUGCUGGGCUGCCAAUCACGCGAUUCACGGGAUAUGCUAAACUUCUUACAAUCGCACGAAAAAGUAACCCCGCUGAAUGUUCUUGCUAACACGUUGCCUCUGCUUUCUUCAGAUGAACGUCGCCGUGGCUUGCCCCUCCCUUUCGGACCUGUCGUUGAAGAUCAAAGCAGUUCUGAUAGAUUUAUCAGCAUGCCAGUAAUGGAACGUAUGCGACAAAAAGAUACCCUGGCCAUGCCAAUUAUAAUGGGCUACAAUUCUGCUGAAGGCAUUAUGAUGCUGAUAAAUGCCAUACGUAAAAUCGAGGAUAUAGAUCAAGAUUUGUCUCGCUUUGUACCUCGUAACAUUCCACUGCAUACGGAUCACAAUGAUAUACAGUAUUUAGCACAAAAGUUACGCGACUUUUAUUUUAAUGGUAAAAAUAUCACGCACGAGCAAUUUGAUGCCAUGACUAAUUUAUUGACAGACUACCAUUUCAUGGUGGACACGCAGCUGGCUUUGAAAUUGCAGCUGGAACACCAGCCUCGCGCACCCAUCUUUUUUUAUAGGUAUGAUUAUUGUGGUGGACGGGAUCUAUAUAAACGAUUUUUCCAGUUGGAGCAGAUACCUGGCGCUUGUCAUGGAGACGAAUUACAUUACCUUUUCCAAACGCCAGGUGUUGACCCCAGAAAAUUUGAGGAAUGCGACAGGCAAAACAUUAAACGUCUUAGCGCACUCUGGGCUAACUUUGCGCGUCAUAAUAUGCCCACUCCACCAGAAAGUCCUUUUACCAAAGAGUUGGGCUGUAUUUGGACUCCGCUAAAGAGACCAAAUAAGGAUGAGGACUUUGGUUUGGAUUGUUUCAUUAUUGAUAGGGAAUGUAGAAUGCAACGUGAUCCCGACAAGGAUCGUAUGGAUUUCUGGCAUGAAAUAUAUCGAAAUUACCCACCGUUGGACUACUCGCGGAUCAGCGCAAAGUUGUCUAAGGGCAUACGAAGCAGUUCCUUGAGAUUCUGUAGCCAAAAAAUACUAAGAUCGGUGCGUCAAGGUGUUGUUGCUGGACGAGAGGAGCACUUAUCCAGUGGGAUCAAAUACUAUUGCUUUCAAGGAGUACCCUAUGCAGUUCCACCAAUUGGGGAAUUACGAUUCAAGUCACCAGUACCAUUAGAACGCUUCGAUCAACCACUGCUGGAUUGUACACACUUAAGAGGCCCUUGUCACCAAAGGGAAGCAACAACAAGCAAAACUGUGGGGUCAGAGGAUUGUCUUCACCUCAAUAUAUAUGUUCCAGCUAAAUGUGCCGCUGAGCCAAUGCCAGUUAUGGUCUGGAUACAUGGCGGUGGAUUCAUUGCAGACACUGGUAAUAAGUACCUGCCUCUUAGUCUUUUGCACGAGGGCGUCAUUGUCGUUACAUUAAAUUAUCGCUUAGGUGCUUGGGGUUUUUUGUGUCUGCCUGAGGCGGAAAUUUGGGGAAAUGUUGGUUUAAAAGAUCAGCGCCUUGCUUUACAGUGGAUAAAUGAGAAUAUCAAAAGCUUCAAUGGUGACCCCAAUAAUGUAACACUUUUCGGGGAAAGUGCUGGUGCUACAAGCAUUCACAUGCACACAUUUGCAUCGCAUGCAGGCAAAUUGUUCCAUAAAGUAAUCAUGCAAAGUGGCACCGCCAACAUAGAGUGGGUAUUUCAACGUCAGCCAAGCGUAAAAGUACGUCGCUUAUGUGAAUUGCUCGGUUGUUCAUCAACGGAUCCAAAGGAAAUGCUUGAGUUCUUACAGUCUCCCGAAAAAGUAACUCCAGAGGCAGUUUUAAGCAAGACUCUAUCUUUACUUUUACCCGAUGAACGACGCCGCGGUCCACCUUUCCCACUACGGCCUGUACUGGAAGAUACGAAUAGUCCAGAUGCCUUUAUUAGCAUGCCAGUUUUGAAACAAAUGCGCAGGCACGAUACGUGUGCCAUACCCACAAUAAUCGGCUACAAUUCAGCUGAGGGCCUUACUAUAUUAAAACAUUCUGUUAAGCAAAUCGAGAAGGUCGAUCAAGACCUUGAACGUUUUGUACCUCGCAACAUCCCACUAUCUAUCGAUCAUCCGGAAAUAAGCGCACUGGCACAACAAAUUCGUAAAUUCUUUUUUGGUGGUCAGAGGAUUACUAAGGAGCAUCUGCCAGGCUUAUGUAAUUUAAUAACGGAUUAUCAUUUUCUGGUCGAUAUAUACUUUGCCACAAAAAUGCAUGCGAUCUAUCGGUCAGGUGCCCCACUCUACGUCUAUCGUUUCGACUACACGGGCGGACGUGAUUUUUACAAACGUUUAUUCAAUUUUGAACAAUUCAGUGGCGCUUGUCAUGCAGAUGAACUACACUACCUCUUUCAAACUCCAAAUGAUGAUCUCAGCACAUUUGCAGACGAUGACGCACAAAUCACCAAAAGACUCAGUGAAAUGUGGGCCAACUUUGCUCGUUAUGGGGAACCAACUCCACAAAACAGUAACAUUGCAAACGAACUCGGUUUUAUGUGGACUCCUGUAAAGAAAUCAACUGGACAAAAAGAGUGCAAAAAUUUAGAUUAUUUCAUCAUUGAUCGAAAAUGUAGCAUGCGCCAGGAGCCUGAUAGGGACCGCAUGGAAUUCUGGGAGGAAAUAUAUCGGAAAUUCCCUCCAUUAGACUAUUCGUUAUUGAAUGCGAAACGCUAACUGUUGACAGUUACAUACAAGUAUUUUAAAAGUGCAUACUAAAUAUCUGUGGUCAUAAGCAAUAACCGCCUAAGUCGACUUAACCCUAAUCUCCUAAAUUUAAAAAUUUACACAGAUCCUAAAGUGAGACUCUGAGGCUCAUAUGUGGAAAACGGUUGAAACGCAUAAUUUUAGUGUUUGCUUCUUACUUUCAUUGAUACAGUACGAAUCCAAACGCAUUUUUUUCACUUAUUUAAUUGUUAAGAAAGUUUUGAAGUAAAUACAUAGCAUUAAAAAAGAUAAUUUUAGUUCAUAAAGCAGUUGAGAAAUAAUUAUGAAUUACAUUUUUCACAAAUUUAUGUAGUUGUAGAAUGUACAUUACAAACAUUUUGACUGCAUU